AUGAAAUGUAUUAUUUGUGACAAAAUGUUUAAAGGUAAAAACCAACUAAAUAAACAUUUAAGGAGUCAUUCAAAUCUUGUUAAAAAGUACUUGAAACAUUGCCGAACUUGUCAUAAAACGUUUUGCAGUCAAUCCAACCUGAGAAGGCACAUGAAAACACACACUCGCGUUAAAAAUUUUUUUUGUGAAAAGUGUGGCAAGAGGAUUCGUGGGUUAAAAGCCUUUAAAAAUCAUGUUUGUAGCAUAGACGGAAUUCAUAAGGGAUCAUACAAAGAAAGGAAACCUAGGAUCAAAGCAUUUAACGAUUGUUAUGAUGAUGAAACAAAAUCAACGGAAGAAACGAUGUGCGAUGUAUGCGGGAAGGUUCUUUCCAGUGUUGCAUCUCUACACAAACAUGCCAUCACGCAUGGAGCUAAAAAUCAUAUUUGUGAACAAUGUGGAAAAGGAUUUCAUCAUAGGGAAUACCUAAAGGAGCAUUAUAUCCAAAAACAUGGAGAGGGUAAGUACAAGACAUGUCCUGUCUGUCAAAAAGUAUUGAAGGGCAGGAAUUCCUAUGACUCUCAUGUUCUGAGGAUGCAUCCUAAUUUGAAGAACAAGGAUGCUCCUCCGUCCUACAUCUGCCCUGAGUGUGGUAAGGUCUUCAAUCAGAAGGGCAACAUGUACAAACAUCAGCUAUCUCAUUCCAGUAACCUGAAUUUCAAGUGCCACCAUUGUAACAUUUCAUUCAAAUAUCCAGAACAACUACGGAGGCAUAUGCUCUGGCACAAUGGUGGUCCUAAAUAUGAAUGCCAUUUGUGCGAUAGGAAAUUUGUGCUGAAAUUCCAGCUGACGAAGCAUAUUAAUGAAUACCAUGGAGGCGUUGUGCUCACGUGUAAAUACUGUGAUGUCACCAUCAAGAGAUUUGUGGUUAAUAUGUUUAUUUUAUUUCAUUGUCAACAUUUUUUUAAACUAAUGCAAGUUAAAAAAUUUUCCAUUGAUCCAAAACAAUUAGAGAUAUGUUGUUUAGAAUUUGAAAUCUUUUAA